AUGCCAGGCUUCGAUUUCUCCAACUACAACCGCAAUGUUGCUCUGCAUGCAAAGGGCGUGCCUCUUCCAAAGGCUAUCAGCACAGGUACAACUAUCGUUGGAUGCAUUUUUGACGCGGGCGUUGUGAUUGCAGCCGAUACCAGAGCUACCAGUGGACCCAUCGUCGCUGACAAGAACUGCGAAAAACUCCACUACAUCACUCCGAAAAUCUGGUGCGCUGGUGCCGGCACAGCAGCAGACACAGAAUUCACCACAGCCCUCAUGAGCUCCAAUCUGGAACUGCACGCCCUCUCCACAGGCCGCUCCCCGCGCGUCGUCACCUGCUUGACCAUGCUGAAACAGCACCUGUUCCGCUAUCAGGGCCACAUUGGCGCUUACCUCGUCGUCGCCGGUGUCGACCCAACAGGAGUUGGCCUGUACACCGUCCACGCCCACGGCUCGACAGAUAAACUCCCCUACGUGACCAUGGGCUCCGGCUCGCUGGCAGCCAUGUCCGUUUUCGAGACGAUGUGGAAACCCGAAUUGAAUAAAGAUGAGGCGGUGAAGUUGUGUUCUGAGGCGAUUUUGGCGGGUAUCUUUAACGAUUUGGGAUCAGGGAGUAAUGUUGAUGUCUGUAUUAUUCACAAGGAGAAGCCGACUCAGCUGUUGAGGAAUUUCAUUAAGCCGAAUGAGAGGGUGAGGAAGGAGAGGACUUAUCGGUUUGCCAAGGGGACGACGGCGUGGCUAAAUCAGAAAGUCAUUACCAAGGCGGAGAUCAGGAGGUAUAUCACUGUGCAGGAGUUGGAGGGUGAGGAGCCUGUUGUUGUAGAGAAGAUGGAUGUCGAUUCUUGA